AAAAAAAUCUUCUAAGAACCCUAGAAUAAGAGAAUAAUCAAUCCAGCCGCACACUACAAUUUGUGCCGAAGUUUGUGUCCUUCUUCUUCGUUUUUUCCUUGGAAUUUCCUGUUCCAUCUUAAAAGUUUCUCUAUUCAAGUAUUAUAGGAAUGGGUCAAAAUCAAAGCAAUGUUGCUGCCGAAGAAGAGCAAACAAAUCACCCCCCUGAACCCUUGGCCAAAGACUCACCAUCUCCAUCUGAGUCUCCGUCUGCAUCUCCGACAUCUUUGGAAGAUCUAAUCGCUGAAGCGACUGCUUUUGGGGACAACAACGAGAGUGAGUCCCUAGAUGUGAAAGCUGAAAAAGCACUACAAUGCCCGUGUGUGGCUGAAUUACGAAAAGGUCCUUGUGGCACCCAAUUCUCUGAAGCUUUUGUUUGUUUUAUCAAGAGCACUGCUGAAGAGAAGGGUUCGGAUUGCGUGCAUCCAUUUAUAGCAUUACAAAAUUGCAUCAAAGCAAACCCAAAUGCAUUUUCCGAGGAUGUUCUUGAAGAAGAUAGCAAAGAUGUCGAAGUCGAAGAACAUCGAAUCAUUCCCCCAAAAUGGGCCAAAGAAUCGAAAUCAAACAUUUGAGAGCCUAUGUAGUAAUCAAUAUAUAUCAUCAUCGAACAAAGUCCUCACCGCAUUAUUUUUCCCUCUUAUUCAUUUUAGAGUAAUGACAUUGUACAUCAUUUGUGUUGAAAAUCUUCAAAUAAAUAUGAAAAAUAUGAGCAAAAUUUAUUUUAACAAGC